CUUCACAUAGAAAAGGUACACUGAAUGGUGUUGAUGAAUCAAAUAUCACUGUAGAAGUGAACUCGAAUAAAACAUUUGAAUGUGGAAUUCUACCUAAAGAGGAUAAUAAUAAUAAUUCAACAACACUACAACAAUAUUGGCGUGGUAGAAUAGUCAGCAGCAGUACUACUAGCAAAGAAGAUAUUGUACACUUAGAUAUGAGUACUGGUAAAGUGAUUAUUAGACCACCAAAACAACAAGAUACCUACAGGAAAACAGGUCAAGUUGUCAUUGAAUGCCUUAUGAAGUAUACAUUAAAUGAAAUUGAAUUUGGAUUCAAUAAAACUUUCAGUGUAAUCG